GAUGCUUUGCAUGUGGAAUGGAAAAUGGAUUUAGAGUGUUUAAUGCAGAUCCACUCAAAGAGAAGGAGAAACAAGAAUUCCUAGAAGGAGGUGUCGGGCAUGUUGAAAUGUUGUUUCGCUGCAAUUAUUUAGCUUUGGUUGGUGGAGGGAAAAAGCCAAAGUAUCCUCCUAAUAAAGUGAUGAUCUGGGAUGAUUUGAAAAAGAAGACAGUUAUUGAAAUAGAAUUUUCCACAGAAGUCAAAGCUGUUAAGCUGCGAAGGGACAGAAUUGUCGUAGUUUUGGACUCUAUGAUUAAAGUUUUCACAUUCACACACAAUCCUCACCAGUUACAUGUCUUUGAAACUUGCUACAACCCUAAAGGUCUUUGUGUCUUGUGUCCAAAUAGUAAUAAUUCCUUACUUGCAUUCCCUGGAACACAUACUGGACAUGUGCAAAUAGUAGAUCUAGCAAACACUGAAAAACCUCCAGUAGAUAUACCUGCUCAUGAAGGAAUCUUGAGUUGUAUAGCCCUAAAUUUGCAGGGAACAAGAAUCGCUACAGCAUCAGAAAAAGGGACCCUUAUAAGAAUAUUUGAUACGUCAUCUGGGCAUUUAAUUCAAGAGUUGCGCAGAGGAUCUCAGGCUGCCAAUAUAUACUGUAUAAACUUCAACCAAGAUGCUUCUCUUAUCUGCGUGUCAAGUGAUCAUGCCACAGUACACAUUUUUGCUGCAGAGGAUCCCAAAAGAAAUAAGCAAUCAAGCUUAGCAUCUGCCAGCUUCCUGCCCAAAUAUUUCAGUUCCAAAUGGAGUUUUUCCAAGUUUCAAGUUCCCUCGGGUUCUCCCUGCAUCUGUGCCUUUGGAACAGAGCCGAAUUCUGUCUUAGCAAUCUGUGCAGAUGGCAGCUACUACAAAUUUUUAUUCAAUCAAAAAGGGGAAUGCUCCAGAGAUGUUUACGCUCAGUUUCUAGAAAUGACUGAUGACAAACUUUGACUGGACAGUUGGGAAGUAUGGUUUGAUGGGGCAAGUUAUCAGAAUCUCCAUCCCAAUUCUUCUCCUGUUGAAGAGACAACUUCUGACUUGCUAAUUUGAUGGCACUCUUCAAGAUGGGAUUGACCUGGUCAACAAUUGGAACAAGGCAAAGGACUGAUGUUAGCUCUCCACAGUUGGUUUUCAGUGUUACUUUGGCAGCUGCUGUUCUUUUUCUCUUCAAGUUUCAAUGAGGGUUCUCCCUGUUAAAUAUCAUGAAACUGAGUACCUGCCACAUUAUAAAGUUGGAAAGAAAGGUUAUCAAGAGUUUUGAUCAGUUGAAGACUCUUCAGAUUAGAUUCAGCAGGCAGGUUAAUUGGAAAUGGCAUCCCAGUCAUUUAUCAGCAGCUUUUGCAUUUACAGAUAUUGUUUCCUCCGAAUUCCCAGACAGAAACUGUAGCAAAGUUGCUCUGAGUUGCAAUAACUCAAAACACAGAACAAUCAAGUCUGUUUCGAUAUUGCUGUGAGUAGGUAUUCAUGUCAUGUAUCAGAGGUGCCAAAUAUUCUAUAGCAACCAACAUCAAGUGCUGUUAACUCAGUGAUUCUGCCAGGUAAGAAGUGUCAACAAAGAGGACUUACAAGGCUGUGUUGUCUCCAUCUAGAAUGUAAUCAUUCCAUACUAUUAAAAUUUAGUCCUUUGUGUUCUGGUACUUAUGUUGGGGGGGAAAGGGGGUUAUAAUAAAGUUCUGUGAUAGGGAGCAGAUGCCAGGCUCUGCUUCCAUAGCCUCCAAGAUUUAUGUAGUCAAAAUACACUAAAUUGAUGCCUUUUUAGAACAAGGGAUAAAGGGACAUGCCUAAUUUUUCAAAGCCCUUGGAACACAUGUAUGUGACCACUUAAUUUUAAAUUAUCACCACCUUACAGCAGUUUCAAUUAAUUUCAUUUGCACACAUGCUUCAAAAUUUAUUGAAGGCUUAAUGCAUUCAGCUGUAAAGCACCCAAACUUUUCACUUAAUUAAAAUCUAUACUCAAAUGUGGGUUUGCAUGUUGCUUUUAAAUGUGUACUUAAUCAUGAAAGUUAUUUUGCACAUCUUUUGUAAUAUUCUUUAAUUAAAAGUGACUAAUUUACUGUAUUCAGUUAAUUGGAGCAAAGCUGAUGCUAAUUUUACUUUUUUAUUCUUAAUUUUUGUAAAAAUGUGUUAUAUUACCUGAGAUUCAACUCCUGUCAUCCAUAUGCAGCUCCCACUUAGUACCCAAGAUUCAGACCUCUCAAAAUGUUUAGGAAGAACUAUUUUCUCAUUCUUUAUUAAAAAUAUGAAGUUCUUCCUUCCUCCGAGAUUGACAGAAUUCAAGAAAUACAAAUCUCACAUUUUACACAUGGGGAUUUUAUUUUAUGAAUUUACAAAUUCAUCUUGAAAGUACUAUAAUAGUCUGCUCAUACUGCCCUUCAACUUGAAGGGAAAUGAUGUUUACAAUCAAAGUAAUAUGUUGAUGAACUUGGAUUUUCCGAUUUCAAAGGGAAAAACUGUUGAGGUAAAUGAGUGUUAAUGUGCUGCACUGAAAGCUGUCUGAAGUUCAACUUCAAGUUACUAAUUUCCAUUCACACUGCUUUCAGUACUGGUUUGUAAAUAAACUCUAUUUAUAAAUAGGGUAUUCAUGACAUGCUAAGACACUGUUGGCUACAGCCCUUUUUAAAAAAAAGGGGGGGGGUGACCUAUGCAGGAUCAAAGCUAUUCCAUAGGAGCCGAGAAUGAGCAUUUCCCAAUCUUGGGUCUCCACAGUUUACCCCGCCUUCCAGGGACUGCAAUACAAAGAAACCUGCAAUAAUUUCUUCCUGCAGCCACUCUUGCUUCUCUGUUUAGAGGCCCAAGGCUAAACCACUACUGUUAUUACUUUUCAUUGUAUUUGGAAUUGUUUACAUUCCAGAAUUCAUAUUGAUGGGAGAGGGCUUUUAAACAUUAAAUACUGCUAUUCAGAUGACAGGGCCAUUAUUCAAUUAUCUAAAUUUAAACCAUGAAAACAAGCAUUGAUUUACUCAUAUCAAAUAUUAAAAUAAUUCAAUGUAAUUAUAGUAUAAUCUGUUUGCUAGGUUUUUAUGUCACACUAAGAAUACAUGAUUUAAAUUCUCAAAUUGCCUCUUAUUUCUACAUUUUUGCUAAAAUUUCUACAUCCAAUUUAAAUAAUUUUUUUGCCAAAUAUAUAAAGCAUAGAAGCUAUUCAUGAAUGCUUAUGUGACCUCAGACUCCUUAAGAGCCAGACCAACUUCAGGAUGCUUUAAGACAAACAAUGUUCAAACAGUCAAGCCAUUCUGCCUGAUCCAAAAUAAUUCACACAAUAACAUGUGCCAGCUCUUUACGUUUAUACUAGGCUUUUCUAGAACAAAUUAUAUUGGCUAUAUAUUCUAAAUUGAGCUUAAAUGGAAAUAAUUUGGAUAAAGGAGACAAGGUAGUAAUAAUCAGGUUCACCAGGUAAAAUGACUUAAUAUCAUUUGAAUAUGCUAGCCAUUGGGUUCAUAUCAUUGCAUUAAGGCUUAAACCAUUGUAUGGUUUGUUUUGUGUUUUAGCAUGUGUGAACCCAUCCAAUUGUGAUUUAUUCAGACAAUUCAACCUGUCUGAAAAGAGAUUUGUAAACAAAUCUGUUUAAUGAAUGAAGAGAUAAAUACCUAAACCUCUUGCACAUUAUUUCCCUCAAUAGAAUCAUCC